AUGGAAGGAACGGCGUUGAGGGGCUUUCAGGUCUCGAAAAGCCUUCAAACGGCAGUAGUCGUUUCAAUCUUCGUUGGCCUUGCUUUCUUGUCAAACGGCGCAGCGUCAUCAGAUGCUGCUGUUGCCAACCAAGAGAAAACAGAUUUUGCCGUCGCUACGCUCACAACAGAACAAAGUGAAGUCACUCUGGAGUGCCCGAAUCAGUCGACUUUAUAUCCGAAGACGGACUCCAAAAAAUUCUGUCGAGACGCUGCAUGUACCCAAGAGCGCACUUUCCAAGAAGCGUUCGUGAGCGUGAGGUGGGUAAACGGCACAGGUCAAGAACGCACAGAGGACCGGGAGAAGCCAAACAGUAACACCCUCACUUUGGAUAAGUAUCCAAUCCUAUCAACAACACUGUAUUUCCAGUGCCGUAACGAGAAGAAUGACCAAGAACAAGAACAAAAGGUCGUGUCGGAAGAAGACGAGACGCCACAAAUAUCUCGCGUAAUUCAGGUGGCAGUGUACGGUGCAAGGGCGGCCACCACGAUCAAAAAAGAAAAAGAAUGCAAGGAUGACCAGACUGUCAAGCUGGAUGUCACGACUAGAGCUGUCACGUUCCGGUGUGCGUCGGACGCUACCAUGUUGCCGAUCAACUUUGAAAGAGUGUUCCAGGGAGACAACUGCGAAGAACAAGUGGAUCUUAAGACGCUUGUGCCGUCUGCUUCUCUGGUUGAAGGAAUGUCCGCUACGUCGCCAGGAAAUGCAGUGCCGUGGUCCAUGGCGGAACUUCCCACAUUUACGCCCGCCUACACUUUUGCGUUCCUACUGCUUCCUGCGUCCGAGAAAAAACUGUGCUAUAAAUGCUCCCCCCCCAAAACACUUGAGGUAACUGCAGAAGCAGGGCGGCAGCCUAAAGAAUGUAUGGUUCGUAUAACUGUCUCUGGCAAACAAACAGGUCCCGACACACCCACAUCCCCAGAAAAUGGCGAGGAGCAACCGAUUCUACCAGAGCAACAGGGCGGGAAUGGGCAUUCUGGUCAAGAAAAUCAGGAAGACAGUCACUCAGGAUCUAACGAACCAGGCGGACAAGGCGAUAAUUCGAAUUCUGAUAAACCACAUCAGAAGCCCGGCGAAUCACAGACGCCAACUGGCAGCUCCUCACGCAAGACUACCACAAGCGGAUGGAUGCUUGCCAUAAUCACAGUAUUUUCCGCUUUUGUCACCAUAAGCUCAAAUUCGGAUUGAGGCUACUCUGGCUGACUCUUUAUUCUGCCGAGGCACGCGCGUCCUCAAUUCGUUCACUCUUUUCCAUCUAUGACGAAAAAAAACAAAAGACAGGAUGAGAACACCGGUAUGGAACACCAUCUGAAGUUAGCUUGCCGCUUCACGUGGACGAUGCUUUCCGAUGCGAAGGUAUUUUUAGGGUUUAACUCCAAAGCGUGGUUGUUUGGUGUCGACCCACCUCAACGAUGGUACAUUUACGUUAGUUCCGAAUGCCCCAUAAUCCUGCCAGGUGUGCAGACACUGGUUGCUUCAGUUCAUGAACUCGUAACGUCACGUGUUUCUGUAACUGGUAGAAAAAGAGGGCAGUGUUUGUCACCCGUGAUUGAUAAGGGAACAUGGUGUAUGUUGUAUUGUCGCUUCACCAUUCCACGUGCACGAGAGCGAUCCAGCGUACUCUUAAACCUUCAGUCGGCAUUUGUUACGCUGUGGGUGAAGCCGUUCGAAACACUACAUCCCAGAGGGGACGGAAUCAAAACACAUGAAUACAGA